GUCGUUUCAUUAGAAGCUCGAAUAUCAGAUAUAUAAUAGGUACGAAUGUCUCGGAAUGGCUUGAAGGCGAUGCAUGGCUGACUGUUUCCUCGAUAUCUCUGUGUUCUUGCUGAUCUUUCCACAAGGUCGAGGCAUCUGCAUAAUCAACGGCUUCCGUUCGCAUCGCUUGUCCUCAGGCGAUACGGCGCGUCUGCCUCUCAAUGGUUCCGAACGAACCUCUGCGCAUAUCCCAGGCCAUGGUCUUGAAGUGCGGUGCUCGCUGGCGCCAUAUUGUUCGUUGGUCACCGAGGCUCUCACAUGCUUCAACGUUGCCUAGCCCGCUACAGUAACGUGCGCAACAUUCUAAAUACCACAGGCUUCGGCGCGUCUUAGCUUCCCUCCCCGCCCACUGGGCAGAGGAGGUACUGAACUCCAGGAUCACGAUGAGAUGCGCGCCCGGACAGUCCACCCAACAAUGUCAGGCUGACC